CUUCCUUCCGCUGGGGCGGCCCGGCUCUGUGCACACUCGGGCGUCCUUCCCUGGGCUCCUUUUGGGUUCGGGUCCUGCCCCCACUACAGCGGGCGCUAUGGCGCUCCCCGGGGCUCGGGCCCGGGGCUGGGUGAGGGCCGCCAAUGUGGCCCAGAGACGCCGUCUCUCGGAGGACGCAGGAGGAACCCCGAGUCCGGCGCCCGGGAGCCAGCGCGCCGCGCUUUACGUCCACUGGCCCUACUGUGAGAAGCGCUGCAGUUAUUGCAACUUCAACAAGUACAUCCCUCGUGGAGUGGACGAGGCUGCUAUGAGGCGCUGUCUGGUGACGGAGGCUCAGACGCUGUUGCGGCUCAGUGGGGUGCAGCGGGUGGAGUCUGUGUUCUUUGGUGGGGGUACCCCCAGUCUAGCCAGCCCCCGUACUGUGGCAGCUGUCCUGGAGGCAGUGGCCCAGGCAACCCAUCUGCCUGUAGACUCUGAAGUUACAUUGGAGGCCAACCCUACCUCGGCGCCAGGCUCCAGGCUGGCAGCAUUCCGGGCAGCAGGAGUCAACAGGUUGUCCAUUGGCCUCCAGAGACAUCGCUGUGAUGGACGAGCAGGGCUUCUGCAGGAUCGUGGGUCGCGCCAAGGAUAUGAUCAUCCGAGGUGGUGAGAACAUCUACCCUGCGGAGCUGGAGGACUUCUUUCACACUCACCCACAGGUGCAGGAUGUGCAGGUGGUGGGAGUGAAGGACAACCGGAUGGGGGAGGAAAUCUGUGCCUGCAUUCGGCUCAAGAAGGGGGAGAAGACCACGGCGGAGGAGAUCAAGGCUUUCUGCAAAGGGAAGAUCUCCCACUUUAAGAUUCCUCGGUACAUCGUGUUUGUGACAGACUACCCCUCACCGUCUCGGGAAAGGUCCAGAAAUUCAAACUUCGAGAGCAGAUGGAACAACGUCUAAACCUGUGAAUAAGAGAGGGGGGCAGUCCUCCCAGGCCCUCCCUGCCCUUUUCCCACAUCCCCCCUCUUGUCCCUGUGAUCCUGGCAUAAAGAGCUUCUCUGUUUA